UUAUUAAUUUUUUUUUUCAGGAGGAGCGAGUUUUUUUUUCAAUACUACUGUAUAGCUUUUUCUUGCGUGAUGUCGAAAGAGGCGGAGUGGAUUCCUUUGGAAUCAAACCCUGAUGUGAUGAACGCGUUUCUGCGUGAGCUUGGACUCACGAAAGGUUACUCGAUACACGAUGUGUUCGGAACAGAUCCUGAACUGUUGUCCAUGGUUCCGAGGCCUGUACUUGGAUUGAUUCUUCUUUUUCCAAUCACAAGUGCAGAAAACACGGCCAAGAUCUCGACGGUUGUGCCUAGUAGCAAUGAAAGCGACAAAGUGUAUUUCAUGAAGCAGAAGAUAUCCAACGCCUGCGGUACGAUAGCUUUGAUACACCUGACCGCCAAUAAUCCCGCACUGAAGUACGACGAUUCAUCGACGCUGGGGAAAUUUAUUUGUUCGACGAGUUGUCUCGACCCGGAAGCCCGGGGCACUGCUUUGGCCUGCGACGUAGAUUUCCGCACGAAGCACGAGAAGAUUUCGCAGCAAGGUCAAACUGCGCCGCCGAGUUCCGAAGAGGCCCAGAACGUUGAUUUGCACUUUGUGGCCAUAGUUCCGGCGGAAGGGAAGAUAUGGGAGUUGGACGGACGAAAGGAAGGGCCCGUGUGUCACGGAAACACGACACCGGACACCUUUCUCGAGGACGGCAUCAAAGUGUGCCAGGCUUUUAUGCAAGCGAAUCCGAACGAGAAUCGGUUUACGAUCGUCGCCUUGGCGAAAGAUUUUGAUUAAAAUAUUGAAUGCGUCAGCGCUUCCGUUGGCUUGACAUAAUUUAUGUUCGUCGUGAUGAAAAUCGUGAUCUGGAGUCUUGAAAUGUCUGUGUGACGUGUUUUCGAUUAUGAGAUAGAGUUCCAGUGUUCAACUGCAGCCGACCUCGUUUUUGCCCACGAAUUUCCCUAUUCACGCUAAAAUACGAUGCACUUCGAUUUUCACUCGGACAAAAUCAGCGUGUUUUUUAAAGUCGUUCUUAAGUUGGAUUUGCUUGCCUUUGUGUGGGGGUCCAGGAUGUUCAUCCAUCGAAAUAAUUGACAUGGAUUACCUAAUUAUACACCUUUGUGCUCUAAGGAUUAAUUUUAGCCUCAAAACUGCAGUAUUUACUUGAGUAGCACAUAUCCUCGAGUAAGACUUGCACUUUCAUUUCCUUGGCCCAAAAUUGUUUCGAACAUAUCUUUGCAUAAGAUCUGUAUCCCAGUUUUUGUUGGCUGACAUAAUUUUUUUUACAAAAUAAUAAUUUCUAGCAAAACUGUGGCAAUUAAAUAAAAGUACUGUACGUAAAGAGUACCAUGUUCAUUUCUUGAGCAAGACUCCCAACCUGGUUUCAGUCUAAAAUUUUCAUAAAAUUUCUAUGCCCAAGUAAUACGCGCAACCCAUUUGUAAUUACGCUAAAACUGUAAUAUUUCCAAAAUAAUAACACCUAAAUAUGAAUCUAGGCAUGAGUUGAAGCUGAAUUCAAAUUAUUUUCAAUUUCUUCGUGAAAAUAAGUUUUUCUGAUGCAUUUAUACGGUCAUCAGUUAUUAUGCUCACCUAAACUUCUAAUUUUUAUUCAUUUAUCCCCGCCUAUGACACGAACCCCAUUUUCCUUCCAAUUUCGGGAAAAACGGUGUGUGGUUCUUGCGUGAAUAUGGUAAUUUUUUGCUUCAAAUAGUACGGUUUCUUAAUUUUUUGUUCUCAGAAAAGUAUACCUGCAUACCGUAUGUGCCCCACAGUUCUGCCUUGAUUUUACAGAGAAUAGGUGUGCACGGUACUUGUGUAAAUACAGUGAGAAGUAACUGCCUGUUCAAUUUAAAAAUGUGUUGUGAUACAAGUAUUGCUAGAUCAAUCAGAUUUUUAGGUUUAUUGAAAUGCGACCUGAUUCACAGUCAGUUAUUAAAAUACUCCGCCGCUAAAAUCUAAUUUAAAAUAAGUUGUAUAUUCUGUCUGCCUUUAAUGCUCAUUACUGUACUGUCCUGUUGUGAAUCGAUUGAAAGUGUGUCCCAGAUUUUUAAUGAUUUUUUUCCCGUUUGAGUGGCUGACAAAUUGAGGCUCCUCUCGGAUUUAAUCUAAUUGUGUGGAGGUGUCUUUACGUGAAUAGGUUAUUUCUGGGACUCUUCCUGAAGUAAUCUCCUAAAUUCGUG